CGCACUAAUGACCGUGUGGCUAGAUAAAGUGGCAUUGUUUGUUACGACGGCAGCACGAGAACACCACGUAUGUACAUACGCUCUAUCGUUAUAUUAAUUUUAUUGAAUUUGAUAUACAGGCGACUAGCAGCCAAUCCUCAGUUGCAAUACCAAACGCUCCUUGUUCAGUUGACGCAGAUAUUCAGAAAUGCAGGAAGGCUGUCGAAUACUUCUUGUUCUCUUUGCAUUGUUUGCUGUUUCCACGGCAUGCUACUGGAGGAAAUGCCCCAUAGGAGGAAAAAGAACAUCAUCUUUUAGGCCGUUACGACAGUGUCCAAAAUGUGGUCCGUUUGAAGGAGGCCAGUGUGUUGGGCCAUUAAUAUGCUGCGGAGAAUCAUUCGGUUGUCACAUAGCAACGGCAGAUACAUUGGUUUGCUCAGAAGAAAGUCGCCUCUCGACACCAUGUACUGGACCAGAACUGCAGCCAAGUUGCCGUGCCGUAGAGGGCGGCAGCUGUGCCACAAGUUAUAUUUGCUGUAAUGAAGAUAUCUGUGCCAUAGAUUACUCGUGUGAAGAAAGCGAAACGGGAAUGGUCAGAAGAACCAACUCACAUUUAGUUAAUAUUUAGUUAUAAUUCAAACAAUUAGCUUAAUUAUUUCAGCAGCAUUUUGCAUGCAAUUUAAGUAGUCGCACACUUUAGGCUUAUCCAAACUUAUACAAAUCACCAGGCCGCUACGGGCCCCAGUUUUGGACUAAUUAAACGGUUGGAUAAAAAACUACGGUUAUUGUUUAAGACCAGUGGAUGUGACCAACAAAAAAUGAUCGAAAUAUGGCAAGUGGACAGUUAUUUAUGCAACAAAAUUAGAUCGUGUGGAUGUUCUUAGUCGAACAUCAACGUCGAGAAAACCUCAACAGACUAAAGUUCUCUUUAGAACUAUCGUAGUGUGCUGCAAGCAUUACAUAAAAAAAAAGCCUAUUACACACUUUCAAAUCGCGGUAGAUUAAUUUUAUAGUUUAGCUGGCCAAAAUUCUUCGGAAAAAACAAAGAAUAUUGGAUACUUGCUAAUCGGAAAGCAAUAACUUCUAUAUUUUGAAUCAACGAUGAGCCUACAUAAAUGUCCGUAUUUGGAACAGAAAUUAUUGGGACCCAGAAAAAUAAAUAUCAGCGUAGCCUGAAUGGUAUGCUUUACGAUGCUUAAUGGGUCGAAUGAACAUUUGUUUUCCUUUGGCUGUUUCGUUUUAUUGUUGCCACACUAUUUGUCGCAAAGCAACGACGUCGGAUUAAGCAUAGCCGAUGAUAAGAUCUAUCUCUCACGAAUCUUGUAAAGAAUAAGCAAAAAGUGUUGAGAGAAUAAUGACGCCAAUUCCUCCUUGACAGAAGUAUAAUUGUGGUGUCUAUGAUUUGUAUCAACACUUUCAGAUAUAUGCUGUGAUUAUAUAUAGUACUAAAUCAAAACAAAUAAAUGGAAUGAAAAAUUCAAAAAUAAACCUUUAAAAAGAAAA